CUAAAAACUUGUCCGAAAAUAAACAAACAAACAAAUAAAUAAAGAAUAUAAAUACUGAUUAAAAAUACUGCAAGUAAUAAAAAAAUAUAAAAUAAAAUUAUAAUCACACUUUACCACGGAUUUAUUAUUUAAAUAUCUGCAAAUCUGGAUGAAACCGAGGAAAUAAUGAUCGCCGCAUCAGAUCCACUGGAAUAUACACCAGGUGGACGACAGACAUACCAGCGGCAUCCUGGUCCUGUGAUCCACCACCUGAACUCGCAAUCUCCCCCGACACAGGACAGCGUCCUGUUACAAAAAUUCAGUCAGGUAAACAUAUCCGCGAAAUCUCCGAAAGAAUUCUGGAUAGUCCGCGAGAACAAAACCUGUGGCGAAGAAGAACUCUACUGUUCAGGUAAAGUCGCAGUGCACACCCAAGGCUCGCCCUCGACCCGGGUACUCCAGAAGUCAUUUUGCCUCGAGUCAGACAUAAAACACGCUCUUUGGUGCAAGUUUUGCACCACGACCCCAAAUUUAGUCGACAAACACAAAAACAAAAAUGAAGAUGAGGUUAAAGACGAUCAGACUAUUGAGUGCAUUUGUCUGCUGGAUACUCACACUCUGCGAGUAUUCACUCCCGACGGUGAGGACUACAUGACUAGUCUGCAGUUCAAAGUAUCCGCAGUCUGGCCCACUAAGUUUGGGAUAUUGAUGGAAAAAUCUUCAGUAAAAUCGUCGAUAAACGAGGAAAAUUUGCCAACAGCUUAUUCACUAACUCACCCGCUUGAUGAAAUAUGUCCGCUGCUGAUAAAGCACGGUGGAGUUAGCUACAUGCGUGAUACUAACCUAAAAAUUAUUUUCACCAGCUCUGAACCCUCAUUGGCGGUGAUUUACGACACCAAGACCGGCCUCCACUCUGUCUACAAGAUCAGAAAGUCGUCGGUAGAAGAACGUCAGGUAGUUUACGACGUGACAGCCAGCAUGAUGAGCAUCGCGUCGCCUCUGCAUGGCAACAAGAGCAACCCUAAAUCGGUAAGUAUGUUUGGGCUUCCAAACCCGCAGUUGAGCGGUCUGGGUAUGUCCAGCAGUCCGUUUGGAUCCCGAGGAACGUCUUACACGACAUCUUGCUCUGGAGGAGUAUCACCAGCUCAGGCUCACCAGAGCGCCCAUUCAAGGUCUCAGAGUCCGAUGGCCACGAUAUCGCGCUGCCAGUCACCAACUCAUACAUUUUCUCCGUUAGCCGGCGGGUCAAUGCACCAGAAUCGGCUCCACCAGACAGUUAUGGCUUCAAUGCUGUGUCACUCGCAGCACAACCCUAGCAGCUGCAAUAGUUUUAUGCUUCCAGAGGCCCCGAUGGUCUCCAGUAAGCCACUCUAUCCAGAAAUUUGCCUAGACCACGUAUGGACAGAAGCUGCGUUCAAAGAAGUCGACAGAGCUGCUGAUAAGGCCUCCAAAGUCUUCCUGACGACAGACCUUGUCGGGCAGAGUUACCUGGGCUACCUGGUGCCUUCAAAAACUCAGUUAUUUAUUGUCAGGAUGGAGAAGACCAACAAGCAGCAGCAGAUAAUCUUCGGGAUGUCUACUAGCAUCAUUGCAAAAGACGCGGUGAGUCUCAGUUCGCUGAACAUGAUCGCGAUAAUUGAUUCUUCUAAUGGAGUGACUCUCUACUCGGGAGUGACCUGUAUAGGGAAGGUCCACAUCACCAGCACACCCUCGAUGGGCUGUAACUACUUUUUGACCCCCAGAACAGGUGUCAGCUCGCCGUUUCCACGCAGAAGCUCGAUGAUAUCACAGAAUACCGCUGCGGACGUCAAAUUUGAGGAAGCUCUGCAUACUUUGAGUCCAGUUGGAGCUUGUGUACGACCACCGAUGCUGGACAGCGUGGAUGCUGGGCUUGUUGGGCUCAAAGACGCAGUAGGUAAUCAGCUAACUCUUGAAUAUGGUAAUAAAUUAUUUUAUCGCAUCACUUUACCUAAAUCAAGUAGCUCACCGUUAGUUAGAGAGUGCUUGCAGGUUUUAAAGACUGUUUUGCAACGGGAGCUGGCUAUGCAAUUGCUGGUGAAGUGGUAUGGAGCAAGAAAUGCUCCUGGACCUCAAGAUUUUACGAUAGAAGAAGAAUGGCAGUUGUUUAUAGUCACGCUGCUGACACUUAUGGGUUAUGAUGUUGACAAGUUGCAGUUGAUAAGAAAAAAUGAUGAUGACUGCUCUGGUAGCAGCCCAAUUAUCGUUCCAAAGAAGGCUAAGACUAGCGAUUGUGGCUCUGAUGAAGACUGGUUGUAUAUUUUGAACUCUGGUGAGCAUAAACAGUGUCAGUUUUUCUUAGAAAAUGUUCUGCACUUGACUAAAUUCAACGAGGGUGCUGAAGAACUUCGUAAACCGAAAGCUGACAAGAAACCUGAGGUUGGAAGAAUCACCAGCUCGGCUGUUUUGUUUCCUCAUAUGCCGGUGGUUCUUUUUUCGCUUCAUUUACUAUACGAGGAAUUGAAGCUCAACUGUGUCAUGGCGGAAAGCAGACCGUUGCUAGUGCAAUUGCUGAACCACCUGAGCAGAGAUUUGAAAUUUAAUUGGUACUCGUACCAUUACUUACUGGACUAUCCUACUCACUGUUCGAAGCAAGAACUGUCGCAGAUGACUCAGCAAGACCUGGCCAAGAUAUCUGUACCAAACUAUGUUCCCGAGAAGCCUCCAAGUAUCUUCAGCACUCUCAACAGCCUUCUCAAGGGCUCUGAAGUCCCUCCUUAUCCAAUUUUAGCGCGUGUAAAUCCGCGUACCAAGACCAUAAUCUCGCUAAUAGCGCUUCUGGCAGCAGAGUCAAAGGUUAGCAGUCUAAAUCUUGAUCAGUUCGUAAAAACAGUGACGCCAGCCGGCAGCAGAGUUGAUUACCAAGAUCCAGUUAAGGACAAAGACAAAGAAUUUAAUCGAGUAGAAUCUCCAGUAGCUGAUCGUAUAGUUUUGCUCUUCCAUGAGAUGGAAUUAACCAAGAAAGAUCUCGAGAUUUUACCUCCAGGAAUUUCAAUUCUGCUGAGAGACGUAAUGUACAGGUGUCGCGAGCGUCCGCCUUCUAACUGGCCAGUGGAAGCAUACGAGUUGGUGGAUCGUCAGGACCUAGCUGCUUUGGAAAAACACUCCAGUUCUAACAAAGCCGACGACGAAACAACCGGAGUCUGCUCGAUCCGGGACCCCGAGCAAGAUGACGGCAUGAGUUUCGACGAUACUAUUUUAAAACUACGUUUCAAUAAAGAUCACCGAGUCACCGAACUACGUCGCAUGUUAAAUUCCUCAAAGCCAGUUCGGAUUUCGAUAACCCAGCGACCUGAAGUAACUGAUCACGACUUUAUAGAGGAACAGGAACGGUAUCUCUGCGCAGUCUGUUCACGCACGAUGGCGCUGCCUGUCGCUAGGGGAAUGUUCACUCUGAGAACUUCUACCCCGAUAAUAACCGAACAACUACCGAUUCCCCGGCUCUGUUUAACGGGUAAAACAGCUCUGAGAGGGACUACAAUAGAACUGUGCCACAUUGACGUUCCACCGAACAUGAACCUGUGGCCGCUGUUCCACAAUGGAGUAGCUGCGGGCCUUCGUAUCCAUCCCGAUGCAUUGGACAUUGAUUCUACCUGGAUUGUCUACAACAAACACCAACAGAACGAAUGCGGAAUUGAACACUCGGGUUUCCUGAUGGCGCUAGGGCUCAACGGACACCUGAAGAAGCUGGCGCCUAUCAGCACUUACGAGUACUUGGUUGAGUGCCAUGAAACUACUAACGUUGGACUUCUUCUGGGUCUCUCUGCAACCCACCGUGGAACAAUGGACGUGUCUAUGACCAAGCUACUGUCUCUUCAUGUGGAGACACUUUUACCACCCACCAGCAUUGAACUAAACGUCCAGCAGAAUGUCCACGUCGCCGCGUUGAUGGGAGUCGGGCUGGUCUACGAAGGAACAGGCCACCGGCACAUUUCUCACGCUUUGCUUUCAGAAAUAGGUCGACCACCAGGUCCAGAGAUGAAGAACUGCGUCGACCGAGAAUCUUACUCACUAGCAGCUGGACUUGCGCUUGGUCUCGUGGUCCUAGGACGCGGUGGUGGAGCUGAUUUGAGCAGCAUUCCAGACACUCUGCACUACUACAUGGUCGGUGGUAACGUAAGACCUUUCACAGGAGCCCAGAAAGAGAAAUACAAGUCCCCCAGCUACCAGAUUCGCGAGGGAGAUUCUAUCAACACAGACGUGACCAGUCCUGGAGCUACAAUAGCCCUCGGGUUGAUGUACUUCAACUCAAAAAACCGCGCGGUCGCUGAGUGGAUGCGCGCUCCAGAUACUCAAUAUUUGUUAGAUUUUGUAAGACCAGAUCUGCUGAUGCUGCGAAUCCUAGCCCACUCAUUGAUCCUCUGGGACGAAAUAGAGCCCACCAAGGCCUGGGUGUCCAGCCACGUGCCUGAUAUUGUCUACAAGUAUCGACUCCAGAAGCCCACGCCGGAAAUAACCCAGCACGUUGACCUGGAAACUAUGAACCAAGCGUACUGCAACAUUAUCGCUGGAGCUUGCAUGGCUCUGGGACUAAAAUUUGCAGGAACAGCCAAUGAAAAUGCUUUCAAGACACUAUUUAAUUACACCCAGAUGUUUACGGCCUUGUCUCAUAAAUCCAUCGGCGAACUGGCAGGUAAAUCAACUAUUGAAACUUGCUUAAACGUAACUCUACUUUCAGCUGCUGUGGUGAUGGCUGGUACCGGCAACCUCGACAUAAUGCGAAUUUGCAGACAAAUUAGAACGAGAGUUGGACCAGCAAGUAGUGUCGUUACUUAUGGAUCACAUUUGGCGACUCACAUGGCUCUGGGUCUCAUUUUCCUCGGUGGAGGUCGCUAUACACUUUCUAAUAGUCCGAAUGCAGUUGCUGUGUUGAUUAUUUCGUUGUUUCCAAAGUUCCCGACGCACAGCAAUGACAACAGGUAUCACUUACAGGCGCUCAGACAUUUGUAUGUUCUUGCAGCGCAGCCUAGACUUAUUUUGCCGAGGGAUAUUGACAAUAAGCAGUACUGCUACGCCACUGUAAAGCUCACUUUUAAGUCAGACAAGUUCACCAGGGGCCAAGAAGUUGUCCUGAAAGCUCCGUGUCUGCUUCCUCAGUUGGAGAGUCUUCAGAAAGUUGAGCUAAAAGAUGAAAGGUACUGGGAAAUUAUUUUUGAACGCGGGCAUAAUUGGAAACUGCUUGAAGGCAUGCUGAAUAAAUGCGACUCACUGGAUGUAAAACAGAAAACUGGGUGCCUUUCGUAUAUUGAAGAUCCUCAUGGGUUCCGCAGUCUUGUAGCUCAAACUCUCACUACUGAAAAUGUUAUCCCCUGGGCUACGAAACAGGAUUUAAUCACUUCGUUCACCAACGACGAGACUGUGCUGAAUAUUGUCAAGUAUUUCUUGCAGCCUACGGCUGAACCGAAGCCGAGGAAGAAACGCAUUCGUAGACGUCCGAAGAAAGAGCUUGAUUGCUCCGCGGAGAAAAUGGAUGUUAGUGAUACUUCAAUAAUGAAAAUUCGAGAACAGAAUUCUAUUUUAAAUUUGGGAAUUUACAAAGAUUUUAGGCUGCAGGAGAAACAUUUUAUGCAGACGCUUGCAGUUAUUGUUUAUGAGUGCGUGAUUAAAGACAAGAUCAGCUUCAUGCCGCUCUGGAUAAAUAUUUAUAAAAGCAUCGAGGUGAUUGAAAAGACUCCAGAUGCUGGACUCGUCUGGCAGAUUAAAUUAGUUUCUUCUUACACGAUGCUGAAGGCGCAACAGCAGACUCAGCCACUGCUGAGGAUCGAAAGUGUUCUUGCUAUUCACCAACGACUGGCUUUAAUUGUUGAUUCUUGGGAAAAUGAAGUGAAACCAUUGAUAGAAAGUUAUCGGAUCAAUGGGACUAUUGAUAAGCAAAAUGAUAUGACACUAAGAAAAUUUAGCGCUUAUUGUACAUAUUUUGAUAUACCGUAUCGUUUAAUUUAUGAUAGUGAUAUUAAUCCGAUUAUAAAAAGUUUAUUACAACGUAUUCAACGGUUUCCGUCAAUAAAUUAAUUUAUAUUAAUAAAUUUAUCAAAUAAUUUAUUAUUUAAUUUUUUUCGUUUUGUUAAUACAAAGUUCUAGUCUUCUAGCUUAGUAUUAUAUAAAAAA